AUGGGAUUCAGGACCAGCAGCUGUGAUGAGAGCCUCUUUCUCAAGGGGGAGGGGGAGAAGCUGGUGCUGUUUCUGGUCUAUGUGGACGACAUUCUUCUCUUUAGCAGCAGCAUGAAGGAGAUCCAGAAGGUGCAGCAGCAGCUGAUGGAGAACUUCAAGUGCAAGAACCUUGGGGAGGUAAAGUACUACCUCGGGAUGCACGUGGAGAGGGAUCUGGAUCACAGGUGGUUGAAGCUGCACCAGGAGAAGUUCAUCAAGGAGCUUGGGGAGAAGUACGGGAUUGAGAAUGAGCGCAAGGUUGCAACUCCCCUGCCAGCAGAAUUCAAGCUUGUGAAAGCUGCAGAGGAUGAAGGGCUGGCUAGGGUGGUGCAGAAUCCAUCAGAGGAGCAGGUGGAUGCAGCUGAGCGUGUGGUGAAGUAUCUGAACUCUCACCCAAGCAUUGGAGUUCAAUACUCCGCAUCUGCACAGGUGAAGCAGAAAGGGGUUGAGGUGCUGAAAGAGAAGGGGGAGAGGCUUGGAGAAGGCAAGCUUUUUCUCACUUGCUUUACUGAUGCUACGUGGGCCUCUGAGAAGGAGGAUUCCUCAUCUGUGGGAAGAUACAUCUGCGUAGUUGGGGGAGGACCGGUUAGUUGGAGGUCAAAGAAGCAGACGGAGACAGCACUCUCUUCCGUGGAGUCAGGGUACAUGGCAAUGUUUCAUGGGGUGAAGGAGGUGAUUUGGCUAAGGAGGCUGUUGGAGGAGAUUGGCCAGGAGCAAAAGGUUGCUACGCCGCUGUUUUGUGAUAGCAAGGGAGCUCUUGGGAUGGCCAGGAACGCUGUGCUUCAUGGGCUCAAUAAGCACAUGCGUAUCAAGUGGCACUGGCUGCGUAAGGAGGUGAAGAGGGGGACGGUGAAUCCGAUCUACAUCAAGACUCACCAGCAGCCAGCAGACUUCCUCACCAAGAGGCUUGCGGAUGAGCCUCAUUGGCGUUGUGUGCGCAUGAGUGGAAUGAGCAUGAACUAG